GAAACCUUUUUGAUUAAACCCUAUUUUGUAAAUAACCAAACGAAAAUGACUACAUUAAGUUAACUAAUCUUUAAGGAAAUCAAUUCACCUAUCGUAGAAAAUUAUAUGAUCGGUGCUGAAGGCUUCAGCUAGCAAGUAAUCAUAAGCCGAAUAUCAAAAUCGAGAAAUAUAUCAACGCAGCGAGAAAGGCAGCGCUGCCGUCAUCGCUGCUUUGCUGUAGCUGCAGUCCGUACAUACAUCCGCGGUCAGAAAUUUCUCGCUUGCGCUUGCGCUAGAUGCUUAAUUAAUUAAGUGGCUUACUCAGUUUAUCCGUGUGCAUUAAUCGCACGCAGUCGCAGUGGCAGUGUCAGCCAAAAAUUCCGAGCUACCACGCAAUUAAAUAGAGAGAUAGAGAAUAGAGAGAUUGAUCCGCGGAACCAUUAAUAGCUAUGGUGUGAGUGCAUCCCCAUCCUUCCCCCAAGCGGUGUGUGUGUGAGUGUGUGCGCGAUGGCCACCAGCGCUGCGGGCGGACCAGCAGGGCCUGGAGCUGGCCCUGCUUCACCCCCCGUCAAUCACACCCAUGCCGUGUGCGUGUGGGAGUUUGAGUCGCGCGGCGGCAAGUGGCUGCCCUACUCGCCGGCGGUGUCGCAGCACCUGGAGCGUGCGCACGCCAAGAAGCUCACCCGGGUGAUGCUGAGCGACGCGGACCCCAGCCUGGAGCAGUACUACGUGAAUGUUCGCACCAUGACCCAGGAGUCGGAGGCCGAAUCGGAAACGGGCCUGCUCACGAUUGGGGUGCGGCGCAUGUUCUAUGCCCCCAGCUCGCCGGCGGGCAAGGGCACCAAGUGGGAGUGGUCGGGCGGCAGUGCGGAUAGUAACAGCGACUGGCGGCCCUACAAUAUGCAUGUUCAGUGCAUCAUCGAGGAUGCCUGGGCGCGGGGCGAGCAAACGCUGGAUCUAUGCCGUACAAACAUCGGGCUGCCCUACACCAUCAACUUCUGUAAUCUCACCCAGCUGCGGCAGCCAAGCGGCCCGAUGCGCAGCAUUCGCCGCACCCAGCAAGCCCCCUAUCCGCUGGUCAAGCUCACGCCACAGCAGGCCAUCCAGCUAAAGAGCAGCAGCAAUGCCAGCAACUACACCACGUUGCCCAAGCUGGUGGAGAGCAAGUCUCUUCAUCGAAUGCCCAUGAAUCGGCAGCAGCAUCCGCUGCCUGCGACCCACCAUCACCAUCAUCAUGUCCAGCAGCAGCAGCCACAACAGCAGCAGAUGCAGCUUCAUCAUCAGCAGCAGCAGCAGCAGCAUCAACAUCAUCAGACGGCACCAAGGAAGCCGCCGAAGAAGCACAGCGAAAUAUCCACGACCAAUCUGCGACAGAUACUCAAUAAUCUGAACAUCUUCGGCAGCAGCACCAAGCACUCUAGCAUGCCGGCAGCCAGUGCCAGUUCCUCUUCCUCAUCGGCCUCGGCCUCCACCCACACGCUUCACCACGGCAGCCAUAUGCCACACGCGCACGGCCAUCCCCACGCCCACACCCACAUCCACGCCCACACCAUCUCCAGUUCUCACUUCACGCAUGGCAAAAACAUUGUGACCUCGUCGAUGAACAGCCACCACAGCCGCUGUUCGGAGGGAUCGCUGCAGUCGCAGCGGAGCAGCCGCCUCGGGUCGCAUAGGUCCCGGUCACGGACGCGGGCUUCCGACACGGACACCAACAGCGUCAAGUCGCACCGCCGGCGCCCGAGCGUGGACACUGUCUCCACUUACCUCAGCCACGAGAGCAAAGAGAGCCUAAGGAGUCGCAACUUUGCCAUAUCUGUCAACGAUCUGCUCGACUGCUCCCUGGGCAGUGACGAGGUAUUUGUGCCAUCGCUGCCGCCUUCAUCGCUGGGCGAACGGGCUCCAGUGCCACCACCGCUGCCGCUGCAUCCCCACCAGCAACAGCAACAACAGCAACAGCAGCUGCAGCUUCAACUCCAGCAGCAGCAGCAAUCAAUCGCCGGUUCGAUUGUGGGCGUGGAUCCGGCCAGCGACAUGAUAUCGCGAUUCGUGAAGGUGGUAGAGCCGCCCCUGUGGCCCAAUGCCCAGCCCUGUCCCAUGUGCAUGGAGGAGCUGGUACACUCAGCCCAGAAUCCGGCCAUAUCGCUGAGUCGUUGCCAGCAUCUGAUGCACCUGCAGUGCCUCAAUGGCAUGAUAAUAGACCAGCAGAACGACAUGAACAAGAACCUCUUUAUUGAGUGUCCCGUGUGUGGUAUAGUCUAUGGCGAGAAGGUGGGCAACCAGCCCAUCGGCAGCAUGUCCUGGAGCAUAAUCAGCAAGAAUCUGCCCGGCCACGAAGGCCAGAACACCAUACAGAUUGUCUACGACAUUGCCUCGGGCUUGCAGACGUCCGAGCAUCCACAUCCGGGUCGUGCCUUCUUUGCCGUGGGCUUUCCGCGCAUCUGCUACCUGCCCGACUGCCCGCUGGGCCGCAAGGUGUUGCGCUUCCUAAAGAUCGCCUUCGAUCGGCGUCUGCUAUUCUCGAUUGGACGAUCGGUGACCACCGGCCGGGAGGAUGUGGUCAUCUGGAAUAGUGUCGAUCACAAGACCCAGUUUAAUAUGUUCCCGGAUCCCACCUAUCUGCAGCGCACUAUGCAGCAGUUGGUCCAUCUGGGUGUGACAGAUUGAAAGCAGAAUCCAGAAUCCAGGCGAUCCACGACUCACCCUCCCACCGAUGAGAGGCCCAUUCCCGCACCCACAAUCCCAAAAUCUCUUCCAUUUCGUGUUUAAGUUACUUCCUACUACAUAAUCUCAGUGUGUGUGCAAUCCUCGUUACUCUUAUAUAUUUUUUUCGAUAGGAUAUAUUGUAGAUUAUGAACCGCCAAGCGUUCGAGCUGCUCGAACCCUAAAAAACAAAAGCAACAACAGCAAUGCCGCAACAGCAACAAUUGUAACCUAAAAAACCACUUCCUUUCGCGCUCUUCCAAUUCGUAUUUCAUAGUACGCUAAUAGUUAAUCGUACAUAAGCUAUGUAUUAGCCAGCAUUUAGUAUAACAAUUAGUUAAGUUUGUAAAAGAGAAUCUUAAACCAAGACACCUAUUAGUAUUAGGCAUAGAGAACCCCAAACCCAAACCCAUCCCAUCCUAUCCCAAGACCCAAAACAAGCCAAGCCAUUCCCCCAAGCAAAUAAGAGAGAGGUGUGCCCCAAGCUGUGCCAAAAUUAAAAAGAAUCCCUCUCGUAUCGGCCGGGGGAGGGGGUGCAUAUGUAUAUUUGUUGAUAUAGCAUAGCUCUUGCCUCCUACGUAUCAUCUCUACCUCUCACUCUCUCUCUCUGUCUCCCCGUUCAUUCAUUUAAUCAUUCAAUUCCAUUUUGUUCUAUGGUCAUGCAAUGCUAUAGUUUUAUUCAGAGAAAGGGAGAGAGAGAGAGAAAAGAGCGCGAGUGAGAUACAUGGAGAAAGAGAGAGAUAGACUAUCGUCUUUGGCCAUUUAUUCCAUUCUUCCAUUCAGCGAAUUUGAUGUGAUUUUAUUUUGAAUUAUUCAGAGUCUGCCUAGGCCUACUAUAGAGAUCAUAAGUUACAAUUUCUGAUCAGCAUAUUCCACUAUAUAUAUACAUACAAUAAAUAUAUAGGUAUGUACUAAAUAUAUACCUAUACAUUUAUCAUUACAUUUAAUAAUAAUAUUUUUUUGUAUUUGAAUUUUUUGCACACAUUUGAUGAAUUUUUGUUGCUUUCAUAUUGAUAUCAUCGAACAUCGACCUACAUUUACAUACAUACAUCGUAUAUACCAUAUGUAUAUAUACGGAACGUUUAGAGAGAGAUAGAGAGAGAGGAGAUCAUACGGACAGUGUUCUAGCAGGCAGCUCGUCCUAGCCACCAUAUUUGAUAUGAUAUACCGAUACGAUAUGACUAAGUUGUAUUUAGCACUGAUUAGUUCUUAGAAUUCACUUCGAAUAUUCCCACACAACAAAACAAGACACACAAAAUCCAUUAAACUUAUAUGUAAACCAUACAUACAUUUAUAGUUCAAAUAAAGUAACUUCAUUCAUGUUCAAA